AUGAUUAUGUCAGCGUCUGAACCUUUUGCACAGCCAAAGACGGGGAUCAAUGUGAUCAUUAUCGGAGCUGGUUUCGGCGGUCUCACAGCAGCCAUCGAAUGUCACCGACAGGGCCACCACGUUGAGGUUUAUGAAUCAUUUCCCCAGUUGAAAAUACUAGGCGACAUUAUCUCAUUUGGAUCAAAUGCCGGCAGAAUAUUUCGACGAUGGGGUGUCGACGGUUCCAUAUCCAAGAAGCUGAGGUCUAUUAGUAUCGACCUCACCGGUUAUGGCUUCAACAUCCACAAAUAUACCGGAGAGCUCAUUAUCAAUCAGCAAACACCACCCCAAGAUCCUGAGGCCCCGGUCUUCAAUGGUCAUCGUGGAGAGAUACAUGAAGUCGUUUUCAAUUAUGCCAAGGACGACCUAGGGAUCCCCAUCCAUCUCGGUCAGAAGGUUGGAAAGUACAUGGAGGAAGCCGACAGAGCUGGGAUCGAGCUAGAAAAUGGCGAGCAGGUCUGGGCCGACGUGGUCAUUGGAUCUGAUGGUGUGAGAUCGAAAGCCCGCGAACUGGUCUUGGGUUAUUUCGACAAGCCCAAGAGCAGCGGCUAUGCAGUCUUCCGCGCAUGGUUCCCCAACACAGACAUGAUCAAAGACCCCCGAACGAAGAAGUUCUGCGAAAAUGGAGACACUUUCAACGGCUGGAUUGGUCAGGACGUCCACUUUUUGUUCUCGACAAUCAAGAAUGGCAGUGAUUGUUGCUGGGUAUUGACUCACAGAGACGAAGCCGAUAUUGAUGAGUCAUGGUCGUUCCCCGGCAAGCUCGAAGACGUAUACAAAGUGUUCAAGGACUGGGACCCGAUGUGCAAGGCGAUUGUCGAGAAGACACCUGAAAGCCACCUUGUUGACUGGAAACUCGUUUACCGAGACCCUUUGCCGACCUGGAUCAGCAAAGGAGGCCGAAUUGCUUUGCUUGGAGACUCUGCUCAUCCUUUCUUGCCAACUUCAGCACAAGGUGCUACCCAAGCCAUGGAAGAUGGCGUAACGAUUGCGGUCUGCCUGAAACGUGCUGGGAAGAAGGACGUCCCUGAUGCUGUCCGGACGUAUCAGCGCAUAAGAUAUGAUCGUGUCAAAGCGGUCCAAAAGACCGGAGAAGCUACACGAGACAUGUGGCACAAGGCUGAUUGGGAUAAGGUGAAGAAGGAUCCUACAUCCGUUCAAUUUCCCCGUGAAGAUUGGAUUCAUACGCACGAUGCAGAAACGCAUGCUGAGGAGGUUUUUGAUGAGAACUUUGGACAGGUCCAGGCAGCAGUCAAUGGUACACACUGAGAAAAUCGAGACGAUUAGUAUUUUUCGAUGGCUGAGAGCAUGUUAGAUUCGAGACUUGUGCGAUGAAAGCUGUGAAUAUGGGGUCGUUGCGUAGGCGUCGAAGUAGGGAUUUGGGUCUUUUCAGGCGAACGGCGCUUCCAUAUGUUGGGUGUCUUUUGGCGGACGCUGUGGUAGAUACAAUUCCAUGAUUCAUGGGUCAUGAAAUUUCUGACCGUCGUUUUCAUCAAGUCCGAAGUCCCU